UAAUACUGGCUACGGUGUUUGGGGUUCAGUUUAUAGAUCUUCAUCUAAUCUGAUACCCAUUACACCCUCUAAAAUCUUGAAUCCCCAUCUUCAACUUCACUACCAUUUUUGAACUGGAGGCAUCAUCACAACAAUGGCGACCAAAUCUUUGAAAUCCAAGAAACCCCCAUCAACACCAUCACCACCAAACCAUUCAUCAAGAUCUUCAUCUCUUUCUUCUCAUCUUGCCAUGAUUGAACUCAAACAGAGAAUCUUGACUUCCCUCUCCAAGCUUUCCGACCGAGACACCCACCAGAUCGCCGUCGAAGACCUUGAAAAAAUCAUCCAAACCCUCUCCCCCGACGGCAUCACAAUGCUCCUCAACUCACUCUACGAAGCCACAAACGACGCCAACAAACCCGCCGCCAAAAAAGAAGCAAUCCGCCUCCUCUUCUUCCUCUGCGCCACCCACACCGAAUCAGCCGCCUCGCAUCUGACCAAAAUCAUAGCCCACAUUGUGAAAAGGCUGAAGGACUCCGAUUCCGGCGUUAAAGACGCUUGUCGCGAGUCAAUUGGGCAGCUUUCGUCGCUGUAUUUGAAGGGGGAUGGGUGUGAGAAUAUCGGGUCUGUGGUUUCGUUGUUUGUGAAGCCUUUAUUUGAGGCUUUGAAUGAUCAGAACAAAGGGGUACAAGCUGGUUCAGCAAUGUGUAUGGCUAAAAUGGUGGAAAUGGCUUCAGACCCACCUAUUGCGGCUUUUCAGAAGCUUUGUGCAAGGAUCUGCAAGUAUCUUAAUAACCCUAAUUUCUUAGCAAAGGCUGCACUUCUGCAAGUUGUUUCUAGUCUUUCUCAGGUUGGAGCUAUUUCACCUCAUGGCUUAGAGCUACUGCUUCAAAGUAUACAUGAAUGUCUUAACAAUACUGAUUGGGCAACUCGAAAGGCAGCUGCUGAUGCUUUGAAUGCCUUGGCUUUGCAUUCAAGCAACUUGAUCACUGGAAAAUCGAGUUCUACCAUUACUGCCCUUGAAGCUUGCCGCUUUGAUAAGAUAAAACCAGCAAGAGACAGUAUAAUAGAGGCUUUGCAACAAUGGCAGGGUCUUGCAGGAGGUUCUGAAGAUCAAAAAACACCUAGAAAUCAUGAUGGUGAACAUUCUGAACCUGCUAAAGAGGAUGAUAAAAAGACAGAGGCUCCUGUAAAAAAUGAAGAACCCGAAAAGACAGUUGGAAUCUUGAAAAAAAAGGCACCUGCUUUAAGUGACAAAGAAUUAAACCCCGAGUUUUUUCAAAGACUUGAAAGACGGGUUUCUGGUGAAGUUGAAGUAGUUGUCCCCCGUAGAUUCAUCAAGUCCUCAAAUGACCAAAAUGACCUCAAUGGUGAAAAUUCUAACUCUCUCAUCAAUGAUUCAGAAUCAGGGUCACAUUUUAAAGAGACCCACCAAAUAGCUGACAGAUCAACGGGUGGUCCUUCUAGAAGGCGGGAAUACGAUGAUAUGAAUGAUCAAAGGGACGGAAUCAGAAGCAAUAAAGGGAAUUGGCUCGCGAUACAAAGACAAUUACUACAAUUGGAAAGACAACAAGCUCAUUUAAUGAACAUGUUGCAGGAUUUCAUGGGUGGGUCCCACGAUGGCAUGGUGACUUUAGAAAACCGAGUCCGGGGUCUCGAACGGGUCGUUGAAGACAUGGCCCGUGACCUUUCCUUAAACAACCGAAGAGGCGGCGGGAAUUACAUGAUGGGAUUCGAGGAUUCCGGUCGAAAGUACAACGGAAUAGGCUAUUCCGACUAUAAUAAAUUAGGCCGGAAUGAUGACGGCAUGUCUUCUUACAUGAGGGGCAGAGGAGCUCCCCGAAGAGACGUGCCCGAAAAUUGGGACUACCCAUACGGUCGAAACGGGCAGAUGGGUUUAAGAAGAGGUAUGGAAAGUAGGUCGCCUAAAUCAGAAAAUGAAAUGGAAAAUAACAAUAGGAGGGGUUGGGGGGCAGCUAGGUUUGGUGAGGGGCCUUCUGCUAGAAGUGUAUGGCAAGCUUCAAAAGACGAGGCUACACUGGAGGCGAUUAGGGUGGCGGGUGAAGACAACAACGGGCCUGCCCGAACUGCCCGGGUGGCGGUUCCGGAAAUGACGGCUGAAGCGAUGGGAGAUGAGAAUGUCGGGCAGGAUCGGGACCCGGUUUGGGCAGCGUGGAGUAACGCGAUGGAUGCGGUUCAUGUGGGUGAUUCUGACACGGCUUUUGCUGAGGUUUUGUCAACGGGUGAUGAUUUGUUGCUUGUCAAAUUGAUGGAUCGAACGGGUCCCGUUAUUGAUCAGUUGUCGACUGAGGUGGGGACGGAAGUUUUGCAUGCGGUUGCUCAGUUUCUUCCGGAUCAAAACGUGUUUGAUAUUUGCUUGUCUUGGCUUCAACAGUUGCUCGAUAUGAUUAUAGAAAAUGGAACAGAUAUCGUGGGAAUCCCAAUGGAAUUGAAAAGGGAAAUUUUGAUGAAUCUGAUUGAGGCGGCUUCAACUAUUGAGCCUCCUGAGGACUGGGAAGGCAUGGCGCCAGAUCAACUCUUGUUGCAGCUGGCAUCGGUUUGGGAUAUUGAUCUGCAGCAGUUAGAGAAAUAAACCAUUAAGAUGCAUAAUUAUGUGAAAUUUAGUUGAUUUUGAUUCUUGUAAUUUUGUAAUCUUUGAUUGGAGAUAGGUGUUGGAUUUGGUUUUAUUGGCUUUGGCAUCAAAUGUAGAUCAAACAAGAUGAAGGCUUAUUAUAUUCCUUGGUUUGUUUU